GAAGGCGACACAGCUGACCCACAAUGUGUCAAUGGACCGAGUUUAUGAAGAAAUUAGGUCGUUUCGGUGUCGUUAUGUGAUUGAAUUGUAGUCUAGUGUCACUGAACUCGCCCACCUGAAACGUAUCUCCCGCUUACUGCCGGUGAAAUGUUUCUUUAUGCGUCAUUUAACCGCUGAGCUGUUUGUUUUUGCUUGACAGGUGUGAUAUCUUGUUGAAAAUGAGUCUUCCAGCUUUGCACAACACCGGCGUGCUUUUCAGGCGGAUCCUCUCACAGUUCCCACAGGACAUCAGUUUAGCUUUUGCCUACGGAUCCGGUGUUUUCCAACAACAUGGGACCAGCCAAGGUCAAAUGGAGAAGAACAUGCUGGACUUUGUGUUCGCGGUGGACGACCCGGUGACGUGGCACACCAUGAAUCUGCUCCAGAAUCGCAAACACUACUCCAUCCUCAAGCUGCUGGGCCCCACAAAGAUCAGCUCCAUCCAGAAUGAGCACGGGGCCUCCGUCUACUACAACACGCUGGUGCCUGUGGACGACAGGAUAAUCAAAUAUGGGGUGAUCAGUACAGAUGCCCUGAUCGACGACCUCAUGAACUGGAAGACCAUGUACGUGGCGGGACGGCUACACAAACCGGUUAAGAUGCUGCUGCAGAGCGAGAACGGAAAGCUGCGAGCUGCUCUGGUGGCCAACCUGAAAAGUGCCGUGACCGCCUCCUUCCUCAUGCUGCCCGAGAGCUUCUCCGAGGAGGACCUCUUCCUGCAGAUCGCUGGUCUCUCCUAUGCUGGGGAUUUCAGAAUGGUGAUCGGAGAGGACAAAUCCAAGGUGGCCAACAUCGUCCGAGACAACAUCCAGCACUUCAGGGUGUUGUACAGCAACAUCCUGCGGGACUGUCCUCAGGUGGUCUACAAGCCUCAGCAUGGAAAACUGGAGGUGGAUAAAAGCCCCGAGGGCCAGUUCACCCAGCUGAUGGCUUUACCGCGCACGCUCCAGCAGAGGAUCACCAAGCUGGUGGAUCCUCCGGGGAAGAACCGGGACGUGGAGGAGAUCCUGCUGCAGGUGGCCCAGGACCCCGACUGUGGAGCAGUGGUGCAGCAAGGCAUCUCUUCGAUCACCAAAUCCUCCAGUAUAACACAGGGUGUGAAAGGCAUUGCUACAGCAGGUUUGUGGAAGACGGUGUCGUACAGCUCCAAAAAACUGCUGAAGAUGUGGAAGGGCUGGAGGAGGAAGCCGUCCAUCUCCCAGAUCUCCUGAUCCUGUCUCUUCAAAGGGAACUUUUCUAACCAUCACAGUGUUCACACUUUGAAUUUUUUUAUUUUUUUUACCCUGACAAACUCCAGCUAGAGCAGCCAGACCCAACGACCUCCGGUAGUAUCACGUACACGAGGCUGUGUGUGAGUGGUGUCCUGACCGAUCUGCAUCCUCCCUUUCUCAUUAAAUUCUUAAAAAAAGUCGUAGAAUAAAAGGUGCUGUUUGGCGAGUCAGAGUGAAUUAUGGCUGACAUUUAAUGGUGUCGACUGCAUGUCGGGUCACAGUCACCCCUGAUGUACUGCUGAGUGAGCUGCAUCUGGAUCCUGCUGUGUGUGUGUGUGUGUGUGUGUGCGUGAACACACACGUGUCAGGAUGUCUGAGGCCUUCCUGUGUUUUUGUGCAUGUGUGUUUCCCAGGUGAAAGAUGGCGGACGGCGCAGAUGCUGAAGUAUUAAUGAUGUGGAGAGCAGUGUGUGUGAGGUGUGUGUGUCUUCCUCAUUCUUACCUCACCAAAGAUUUCAUGAUUUAUUCAGAAGGUUGUAACAAGUCGCCGUGUGAUAUACGUGGCACCGAAAGGCUGCUAGUUUGUCCCGUCACGUCAAAUAUGUUGUUUUAAGUCUUUGAAGCAGGGGUGUCGAACUCAGUUCAGUUUAAGUUUCACAGACAGUCAUGUUGCCAAACCUUAAAUGGGUUAAAUUUUUCAAAUGACUGCAAUUGAAAUAUAUAUAUAUAUAUAUAUAUAUAUAUAUAUUUUUUUUUUUUUACUGCCUGAUUUAUUUAAUAACUUGUUUUCUCUUAAAAUUUUGUUGCAUCAAGAAUCGCAGUGGGCCUCAUGGUGGUGUAGUGGUUAGCACUCUUGUCCUUCUGCAUGCAUGUUUUUUGUUUCACAGUCCAAAACAUCUGGAAUGAGGUUUAUUAGUGUGUCCAUAUCUGCCUUUGUGCAAACAGCUGGCAUCUGAUUCAGCAGUCUCAGACCCUUUUAACAAAAAUAAAUAAAAAUGACAGUUGAUCACUGUUACAGGUUCUAAUCUUGCUUGGAGUUUACACGUUCUCCACAUGCAUGCAUGAGUUUUUCUCUGCUUCCUCAUUACAGAAGAUGGAUGGAUGAAGAAAAUGCUUGACUCCGGUGUUACUUUAGUCUAUCCUGUGAAUUGCAUGUUAGAUUUGACACAAAUUUUCACUCCCAACAUCUUUCUUGAUGGAUCUUCAUCCAGGACUCACAGUGGUUUGCUUCUUUAACCUUGAAACCUCAUUAAAAUUGAUUUUUUUAUUAUUUUUUUCUUUACAUUUACACUUUGCAGUUUCAUUUAAUGGUAUAAUUUUAUGUUUAACACUCCUGUUUUAAAGAAUUGAAGAACCAAUGUGGAGGGAAUUGAAUAUCUAUCUGUUUCUAUCUUUGGUCUCUGUUCAUGUCAGAAAUGGUUUUUACAAACCAUACCAUGUGCCAGUAUUUAAAGAAGAAAGACGGCUGACGUGCUGUAAUAUAACGUCCAUCCCCACUCCAAACAGACAUAAUUCAUCUGGAUGUUCAGACAGAGACACAGUCUGGAUAGAAAAUACUAAACCUGGGCCCCGAGGACGGUGCACGGAAAAGAUGUUGAAAUACUGCAGAUGUGGAGAGUAGCACGCUUCUUAAUCCUUCCUCUUCUCACCAAAGACUUCAGAACUUUAGUCCACAUUUUUCAUGUUUUGUUCCUUCAUUGUCAUUAAGGGACAAUCACACUUUGGUGAGCAUCUCACAAACUUUUCUCCAAUUCUGCUAAAAUAAAUGAGUUUAAUAACCUAACCAUGCUUUUUUAAUCAGCUUAUUCUGUAUUUUUCUGCUGUUUGUGUCUAUUUUUCAUUUCAGUACCUUUUAAAAUGUGAGUCUUUUGUUGUAACUUUGACACUCACUGAAAAGAUCACUGCGACACAUUGACGGGAAUCCUGCAUCACAAUAAUACAAAAGAUCAUCUGCAGCUAUAGUUGGACUUCUUCACAGCGCUGACGUGUCAUGGUUAUAAAACAAACAAAAAGAAAAGCUGCAGUUGUCAACAUUGUUUUUAGUUGUGCUCUUAUUGUUCCCACACUGGCAUGACUGGCUCAUCUGAUUUGAUCCAUUAGAGACACUUAAGUUUUUCUUAUAUAAAAAAGUUACUCUUCUGCUGCAUUAAUGUUUUAUUUCUAGUUUAAUUAAACAUGACAUGUAUGGCUAAAAAAAAAGACAAAAACAAAAUGCAACUGCAGACAAAAUGCUUUAGCUAUUUUAUAAGUACCAGGGAGAAGCUAAAUAUAAGGAAAUGCACAUUUGAUGCAAUGAAUUCUAGGAUAAUGUGCUCUAUUUCCAAGAUUGAAAAGUAGAAAACCCAUUUGUAAAAGGCCUUGCCUGAUCCACUCUUUGUUUUUAUUCUUCCACCUUGUUAUUCACCUCUCAUCAUGACUCAUAUCUGAUCUAUGGAGGCAUGACUCAUGUAAAUCCUGACGUUGUCUUUGUUUUCACCAACGCUUUACCUCAUCUUCGUCUUUGUUGUCGU